CUGGCCUUGGUUCCUUCCUCUCUUAGCCACUGGGGCUGGGGAGGCUGCAGUGGCAAGGUCUAGACCUUCCUGAAAGACUGGGGUGUGGGUGCUGCAGAACUGGGGAGGCAGUGAAUCCAGCCUUCCUGCAGAGUGACACCUCCACCUUCCAGAUUGCCAGGAAGGGUAGCCGCCUCAGCAUGGAGGGCCCUGCCAGCCCAGCACCCGCCCCUGGGGCGCUGCCCUACCACGUGGCCUUCUCCCAGCUGCUGGGCCUGACUGUGGUGGCCACGACUGGCGCCUGGCUUGGUGUGUACCGAGGCGGCAUUGCCUGGGAGAGCGCCCUACAGUUCAACGUGCACCCCCUCUGCAUGAUCAUAGGCCUGGUCUUCCUGCAGGGAGACGCCCUGCUGGUUUACCGCGUCUUCAGGAAUGAGGCCAAACGCACCACCAAAGUCCUGCACGGGCUGCUGCACGUCUUCGCCUUCGUCAUCGCCUUGGUGGGCUUGGUGGCGGUGUUCGACCACCACAGGAAGGAGGGCUACCCCGACCUGUACAGCCUACAUAGCUGGUGCGGCAUCCUGGUCUUCGCCCUCUUCUUCGUGCAGUGGCUCGUGGGCUUUAGCUUCUUCCUGUUCCCGGGCGCCUCGUUUUCCCUGCGGAGCCGCUACCGCCCCCAGCACGUCUUCUUCGGCGCCGCCAUCUUCCUGCUCUCGGUGGCCACCGCCCUGCUGGGCCUGAAGGAGGCGCUUCUGUUCGAGCUCGGGACCAAGUACAGCACGUUCGAGCCCGAGGGCGUCCUGGCCAACGUGCUGGGCCUGCUGCUGGCCGCCUUCGCCACGGUCGUGCUCUACAUCCUGACCCGCGCCGACUGGAAGCGGCCCCUCCAGGCGGAAGAGCAAGCGCUCUCCAUGGACUUCAAGACGCUGACGGAGGGCGACAGCCCCAGCUCCCAGUGACAGGGGUCCGUCCCGCAACCGCCGCUGAGGGUCCGGGCAGGGCUGGGCACAGCGGAGGUGGGGGUGGGGGCAGUCCUGCUCCUUGAGCGCAGAUUUUCGGGGUUCAGGCCCCCUCCGCGUCCCGCCCCGCGCUGCGGCUGCUGCGGUUGUUAGUCCUGAGCACGCGUUCCCCCGCCCCUGUUGCCACCCGACUUCCUUCCCCAGAUGGAGCGGCUUUGGGUAAGGUUCUGGGCCUAAAUGGGUCCGAGAGUGGGGGCCGCUCCCUCCUCGAGGCCGCAGCGAAGCUGAGACUUGCUUUGUGUGACCCCGAACUCCUGCCAGGAGUCUUGCGGCCCGGAGGACCGGCGCUCUGAAGGGGCCUAGCCUCUGGCAGCGGAGCUAGUGACAUUAUAUGUGAAAUAUGCUGGUGUCAGGGCCAGGUUCCCCAGGAGAGGGGAGGGACUCCCUGGGACUCUCUGGACCCAGGCUUCGGCCCAGCUGCGUUCUGGAGCCUUCCCUUUCUUUAACCCUUUAGCCCCGGGGCGGCUUGCCUUGGGGGCCAUAGACUUGGGACAAACCUGCCCUGAGCCCCUUCAGAGGGCAGCCCACAGAAGAGGCUGGAGGUGGGCCUGGGGGGCGCUGGGCCACCUGCAGGGGCUUCUGUCCCCGAGGGCCCAGGCCUCCGCUCCUGACCCUCGGAGCUCACGGGAGGCUGCUCUGACAAGAGGGCACAGGCCUUUCCCCGUUAAACCAAAAGCUGCCGCUAUAAAAGGAUAAGGAGCCCCCUUUCGAUUUCCAUGAGGAGGGUUCGGGAGGACGGUCUCCUCCUCUCCUACCUGCGGUGGGUCUUUGCAGGAAGUUGGGACCAAGACGGAAUCAGAUUAACCCGCCCCCCCCCCCCGCCCCCCCCAACCCGGUGAGUGUGUAACGCUGUUAGCUGAGUCGCUGUUUGCCUUCGGUCUAGAAAUAACGUGAUUAGAGCAUUGAUCUGUGCUUCUUGGGCUUGGCAAAUGCUGUCUCCUGUUUUCCUCAUUUUCUGGGCUUUGAGGAACAUGACGCAGUUUCAGACAAGACAGAGUUGACUUAAGACAUUAAUAAAAUUUCCAGUUCUGACUACCGUUUUUCAGCAGCUGCCUCUCCCAGCUAAAUGCUGCCUUGGAGAAAGGGGGCUUACCGCCUCUAAUACUCAAGAUUCCUACAACUCGGCCUUUGCCGUGGGUCCUGCCUCAGGCGAUGCCGCUCCUCAGGGCAGCGGGCGGUGGUGGGCGCCCUCCCCAGCAGGGCUGCCUGCUCCCCACCCGCACCCCGUGGGCGCUCCCGGCUCUGCUGCAGCUGCCCCCCCACCCCCCCACGCCGUUUACACUGUUCUUUGAUCACCUGCUAUAGGAUGUUUACCCGUGGGAAAACUCCACCUUAGACCAACUACCAGGUUAGGACUGUGUAUCUCCCUUGCCAGAACGGCACAGAGAGAAACAGAACCUUGGAUUUGCAAAAAAAAAAAAAAAGUCUGAACACUGGCCUGUUUGCCAAAGCAUAUGCUGGAUAACUAAUGAGCCAAAAAGCGCCCCCCACCCCCCGCCCCCCCCAACCAAGCUGAUCCGUGGUGGCUUGUUUCAUUUUGCCUGUGGCCAAUCUUCAAUGAAGUACAGUGUAGUGCUGGUACAACAGAUGAUUCAAUAAAUGUCUACAGCAGA